AUGAAAGAUGGCGGCCGACAAUGUAAGCACUGCCGGAAGCUUCCGCCCAUUUCCGGUGAUCUGCCUUUAUGGAAGAUGGCGGAGGAGGACGGUGGCAACUCGUGGAGUAUCGGCGAUAGCGACAUGAAGGAGGCGGACAACGAGGCAUCGGCGCCCCGAGUCUAUUUGCCGGGGCAGCCGCUGGCUGAGGGCGAGGAGUUAGUCCGUGAUGAGUCCGUCUAUCGGCUAUACCACCGGGCGCAGAGCGGGGCACCAUGCCUGAGCUUUGACAUCAUCCGUGACGAGCUGGGCGAGGAGCGGACUGAGUUCCCCCUGACCGUCCACCUGUGCGCGGGGACGCAGGCCUUUACUGCCCAGGCCAACAGGCUGCUGGUGAUGAAGAUGCACAAUCUGCGGGGCAGGAAGGAAUCGGACAGGGACUCUGGCUCAGAGUCCGACAGCAGUGACAGCGAGGACGAGGAGGAGGAGAACCAGCGCAGUCCGCGGCUCGACCUCGCUAUGGUGCCCCACUAUGGGGCCAUCAACCGAGUCCGGGUGAGCGAAGUGCAGGGCUGCCCGCUGGCCGCGCUCUGGUCCGAGAAGGGCCAGGUGGAGGUGUGGGACCUGCGGCCGCAGCUCGAAGCCGUCUCCGACCCGCGCGCCAUGCAAGUCUUCCUCCAGGAGCGCCAGGGCAAACUCCAGCCGCUCUUCACCUUCGCCGGCCACAUGACCGAGGGCUUUGCCCUGGACUGGUCGCCCACCAUCCCCGGUCGUCUGGCCAGCGGGGAUUGCAAGAAGAAUAUCCACGUGUGGGAGCCUGGAGAGGGGGGCACCUGGAAAGUAGAUCAGCGACCGUACACCGCGCAUACCAGCUCUGUGGAGGAUAUACAGUGGUCACCCAAUGAGCCCACGGUGUUUGCAUCGUGCUCGGCAGAUGCCUCGAUCCGGAUCUGGGACACGCGGGCCGGUCCAGCCCGGGCCUGCAUGCUCAGCACAGAGGGGGCGCACGACGCUGAUGUCAACGUCAUCAGCUGGAACCGGCAAGAGCCCUUCCUGGCCUCGGGGGGCGAUGACGGACUGCUUAAAGUCUGGGACCUGCGACAGUUCCGGGACGGGGUAAGUCUGGCCCGCUUCAAGCUGCACUCUGCGCCCAUCACCACGGUGGAGUGGUGCCCCGCAGAGAGCAGUGUGCUGGCGGCGGCCGGGGCCGACGACCUGCUUACCCAGUGGGACCUGGCGGUGGAGCGAGACGUGGAUGGGGAGCAGACGUCCGACCUGGACCAGCUGCCCCCGCAGCUGCUGUUUAUUCACCAAGGCCAGCAGGACAUUAAGGAGCUGCACUGGCAUCCCCAGUGCCCGGGACUGAUGCUCAGCACCUCCCUCUCCGGCUUUGACGUCUUCCGCACCAUCAGUGUGUGAGUGCGGGUGGACCCCUCCCCAGUUGCUUGUGCACAGAGCAAGAAUGAAGAGUGUAAUUAAACAUCUUUACUGUGUUGUGAUCCCACUAGGAAACUCGCAGUGAAGGAGCAAUGAUCCAUAAGAGCAGAUAGGCCAUUUUGCUCUGCCACUCAAUCACAGCUGAUUUAUUAUCCCUCCCUCUCAACCCCAUUCUUCUGCCUUCUUCCCAUAACCUUUGAUACCCUGACAACCUAUCAACCACCGUUUUUAAAUACACCCAAUGAUUUGGCCUCCACAGCCGAACGUGGCAAUGAAUUUCAGAUUCAUCAAUCACCUUCUGGCUAAAACAAAAACCUACCUCAAUCUCCGUUCUAAAUGGACGUCGUUCUGUUCCGAUGCUGUGCCCACUGGUCCUGGACUCCCUCAUUACAGAAAAGGUGCACACUCAAAAGCCCAAGCAAAAAGGGAGGGGUCUUCUGCACGAAGGUGGCCCUAUACAUCUGAUACGGUUCACCUCCCCUCCCCCCCCCCAACCCAGUUCUCCAGGAGGACGUGGGGGUGGAAGAACCGAAAACUAUGCAACGGGAAGACUUGUUUCUCUCUCUAUACCAGCGUCCACAUGCACGUGACACCCAGAGACUGGCAACCCAGAGAGCGAGAGAGAGAAUUGCCUGUACAAUAAAGGACAGUAUUUUUACCCCAC